ACAUCGAGUCUUUUCGUGUACCAACGCCCUCUUGCAAUGCCCCGCUGCAGUUGCGGACACGGAUCCCUAGGUCGCGACGAUACCACUGGGAGUUUGGUCUGCGAGUCAUGCGGCACCGUGCAAGAAUUCCGCAACUUCGAGGACCGAGCCGUCAGCCCUAGCGGUGUCCAGCAAGGCUCUUACGUCCGCGUUGGCACUUCAGGUACAGGUGGCUCUUUGGCAUACAAAGAGAAGAAGGUAUACGAGGCUAAUAAGCUCAUCGACGAAAUUGCGCUUAGGUUGAACUUGAGUGGUAGAUCUCUGAAUGAAAUUAGGUCCAUGGUUGAUCGAAUUACGGAAGGUGAAUAUGGUUCGGGCGAUUGGUUCCAUGUACCGAUUGGUGCUUGUUCGUAUGUCGAAAUGAGGAUUCAGAACAAAGCUUAUUCGAUUGGGGAGGUGAGCGAAGUUGUUGGGUGUGAUAUUUAUGAACUGGGGAGGAUGAUCGCUCGGGUGGUUGAGCAUUUGGAACUCAGGCUUCCCGAGUUCGAUAUAGUGAAUGCUUUCGAGAGGGUUGUGACAAAUUUGGCAACUUUGGGGAUGGGAAAAGCAUUUGACUAGGAAUAUUUAGGCAUCCGUGUGUUGAGAGAAACCAUUAUUACAAUGGCAUGUUUUGAUGUUGGAGGAGAUGCGCAGUGGAAUUAAUUUGUGGCUAAUAAGGAGGUCUCUUUUAU